UUUUGCUUUGGGCCGCUCCGGCCGCCGCCAUUAGAGCAGCGCGGGCACGGCCUCCCCCCCCCCCGCCGCGCCGAGUGGGAGCGCCCGCGGCCGCGGCAGCCGCGGCGCCUCGGGAGAGACCAUGUCGUGAGCGGGGGGGGAGCGGGGGGAGGGGGGGGGGCGGCGCGGGGCGCAGGCGGCUUCCAGCGCUGCGAGCGUGUUCCUGAGGGACUGAGGGACGGAUCCAGCCGGAGAGCCGGGCUUUGUGCUGUGCCUGAACAGUCUCUGCUCACCGGCUGCUGCUGUGUCACAAGUGGUGGGGCUGCCAUGUGAGUCCAGGCAUUGAUACCUUUGCUGAUGCAAAAAUUGAAAGGAAUACUUAUCUGCUUAGUCUCAUCCUUCAUAUUUGGCAAUCUGAGGAAAAGGUCUGAGCCAGCAUGAAGACAGAAUCCCCUCUUCAUUAGAGAAAAACUUUCUGCCCGACGCAGCUCAGUUCAAGAAGUGCACGAUGACAGAGCGUGGAAUUAAAUGGGCUUGUGAGUAUUGUACAUAUGAAAACUGGCCCUCUGCAAUCAAAUGCACCAUGUGUCGUGCUCAGAGGCCCAGUGGAACAAUUAUCACAGAAGAUCCGUUCAAAAGUGGUUCCAGUGACAUCGGCAGAGACUGGGAUCCCACGAGCACCGAAGGAGGGAGCAGUCCUUUGAUAUGUCCGGAUUCUAGUGCGAGACCAAGGGUUAAAUCAUCCUACAGCAUGGAAAGCGCAAAUAAAUGGUCGUGCCACAUGUGCACGUACUUGAACUGGCCCAGGGCCAUCAGGUGCACUCAGUGCUUGUCUCAGCGUAGGACCAGGAGUCCCACGGAGUCCCCUCAGUCUUCGGGGUCUGGGUCCCGGCCGGUCCCCUUUGCCGUUGAUCCGUGCGAGGAGUACAAUGACAGAAAUAAACUGAACACAAGGGCUCAGCACUGGACUUGUUCUGUGUGUACGUACGAAAACUGGGCGAAGGCCAGGAAAUGUGUUGUGUGUGACCACCCCAGGCCCAACAACAUCGAAGCAAUAGAACUGGCAGACACAGAAGAGGCUUCUUCCAUCAUAAACGAGCAGGACAGGGCUCGGUGGAGGGGGAGCUGUAGUAGUGGAAAUAGCCAAAGAAGAUCUCCACCCACAACCAAACGUGAAUCCGAUGUGAAAAUGGACUUCCAAAGAAUCGAAUUGGCUGGAGCUGUUGGCAGCAAGGAGGAACUUGAAGUUGACUUCAAAAAACUAAAGCAAAUAAAAAAUAGAAUGAAAAAGACAGACUGGCUGUUCCUAAAUGCGUGUGUCGGAGUUGUGGAAGGUGAUUUAUCUGCUGUGGAAGCCUACAAGUCCUCAGGGGGGGAUAUUGCCCGGCAGCUCUCGGCGGAUGAGGUGCGGCUGCUGAACCGCCCGUCUGCCUUCGACGUGGGAUACACGCUGGUCCACCUGGCCAUCCGCUUCCAGAGGCAGGACAUGCUGGCCAUCCUCCUCACAGAGGUAUCCCAACACGCAGCCAAGUGCAUUCCUGCCAUGGUGUGUCCAGAGGUCACGGAACAAAUCCGCCGUGAAAUUGCUGCAUCUCUUCACCAGCGAAAGGGAGACUUUGCUUGCUAUUUCCUGACUGACCUCGUGACGUUUACGUUACCUGCAGAUAUUGAAGACUUACCACCCACAGUCCAGGAGAAGUUAUUUGAUGAAGUACUUGAUAGAGAUGUUCAGAAAGAGCUGGAAGAGGAGUCUCCCAUCAUUAACUGGUCCCUGGAGCUGGGCACGCGCUUGGACAGCCGGUUAUACGCACUUUGGAAUCGCACUGCCGGGGAUUGCCUGCUCGACUCGGUGCUCCAGGCCACCUGGGGCAUCUACGACAAGGACUCUGUGCUGCGCAAGGCUCUGCACGACAGUUUGCACGACUGCUCCCACUGGUUCUACACACGCUGGAAAGAGUGGGAAUCGUGGUAUUCCCAAAGCUUCGGUUUACAUUUCUCCUUGCGGGAGGAGCAGUGGCAGGAGGAUUGGGCAUUCAUACUCUCCCUUGCCAGCCAGCCUGGAGCAAGUUUGGAGCAGACACACAUUUUUGUACUUGCACAUAUUCUUAGAAGACCAAUUAUAGUUUAUGGAGUAAAAUAUUACAAGAGUUUUCGAGGAGAAACAUUAGGAUAUACCCGCUUUCAAGGUGUGUAUUUGCCUUUGUUAUGGGAACAGAGUUUUUGUUGGAAAAGUCCUAUAGCUCUGGGCUACACGAGGGGCCAUUUCUCCGCCCUGGUUGCCAUGGAGAACGAUGGCUAUGGCAAUCGAGGGGCUGGUGCUAACUUGAACACUGACGAUGAUGUUACUGUUACUUUUCUACCCUUGGUGGACAGCGAGAGGAAACUAUUGCACAUUCACUUCCUUUCUGCUCAAGAGAUUGGCAACGAGGAGCAGCAGGAGAAGCUGCUCCGGGAGUGGCUGGACUGCUGCGUGACGGAAGGGGGGGUCCUGGUGGCCAUGCAGAAAAGCUCCCGCCGGCGCAACCACCCGCUGGUCACGCAGAUGGUGGAGAAGUGGCUCGACCGCUACCGGCAGAUCCGGCCCUGCACGUCCCUGUCCGACGGCGAGGAAGACGAGGAUGACGACGACGAAUGAUGGUGAUGAAUAAAGUGAAAAUGAGCCGCGCA